GAUAUAUGAACAAGAAAUGCAGUAUUUUAGGCCAUCCUUCAAAGAUUCUGGAGGUUGAAUUUUAAUAAGAUUUAAUGUUUGAUUCGCCAAUAGAACUUUUUCUAACAACCUACCGUAUCGUGAUCGGAUCAAAAUAUAUUUCUGCGGUUAUGUAAAUAUGAUGAAAUAAGCCGGAAUAUGAAGUCUGUAUGCCUAACUUCUUAACAAAUAGUAGUUAUUAAAUGUGAUUUGCAAAUAAUAUGGUGGAUAUUUAUAACCCUUUAAUUUGAUUAACAAAUACGAUAGUUGGAUAGUCUAUUGUGCAAAUAUUCACAAUUAUUCUUCACUUGUUUCUUUACGAAAUAAAGGAGAAAACUUUGGUUUAGUUUUAAUCUAAACAUUGAAAGUAAUAAAAAGAUGCAACAGUGAGAAAGCAUUUCAGAAAAAGAAACUGAGUUGCAAAAAGGACAUAGACCAAUUUAUUACUGGUCUUAAAAUAACUUGACGACCAAUUACUUAAAUUGGAAGAUUUCAUAUAUCUUAGAUUUUGAUUUUCGACGACGAAAUCUUGUUUUUCUUUUAAAGAAAAAUAGAUUAAAUACUUACAGCAAUGGAAAUGAAAAUUGUAACUUUAGUUCUUAUUCUAGCAACAACAUUGAUGGAUUUAAUAGAUUGUAUGCCGACGUAUUGGUGUCCCGACGGAAGAUAUCCCGACGAGAACGGCCAGUGUAACUUGUGCUAUGAAAACUGCGGUGCCGACGGGUGUACGGGUCCUGGACGCCAUCUUGGAAUCGGCGGUUGUAACUCGUGUUGGUUAGGUCUUGAACAUCAUCACCAUAGGGUCACGUGCAUGUCUCCAUUCACAACAGUCUGUCCCGAGGGUUUCUACAGGAAAAGAUCACACCACAACGGACAAAGUUUGACGAUGUGUAAACGUUGUCACCCCCUGUGUCGCACGUGUGAUGGUCCGGGAAUAUCAUCGUGCGAAACAUGCAGACUGUACAGAUGGGACGGUAUAUGUAUAAGCGUUUGUCCGGUUGGUUCCGUCAUGCGUGGCGUAAGUCACCGAAAAUGUGUCGUAGCUGGCGGACAUUAUGGCGGAAGAUCCCGGGCAUUUUACCUUCUCCCUUACAGGGAUAGAUACCGACACAGUCCAUAAACAUUGGACGGUAGAGCAUUUUAGACCAAAGAAACUAUCUGAGAGCACUAUAACUUAGUGCAAGCAAAGAGAAUGUGUUUCCAUGGAGAACACUAUAUUUAGAACGGGGGUUUGGGUAACGUUGUCCAUUAUCAUAAAUGAAGUAGGACAGAGAAAUGUUUAAAGACACAAAUUUUUCUCAGCAAAUGAGAGAUAAAAAAAACAUGUAUAUAUUAUUGACCGAUUUCAAAUUGUAACAAAUUCGCUUUUCGAGAAUUUCGCAAAGUUUUCUACAAUUUGUAUUAAAAAAGAACCUCUGACGAAAUCCAUAUGUUUUCCCUAAAGGUACUUUUACAAUACCAAGGGUGAACAUUUUUGGAAAAUUUAAUAUUUUGUAAAUAUAUAAAUUUUACCGACAACGAGGGUUUACUAAAACUCCCUCAAAAUAAUAAUAGCUUCAGACGGGACCUGAUUAUUUUGCAUAUCAAUGUGAAAUAAUCUGGUUGAUGGACAAAAAAAGAAUGAAAAAAAAAGAAAAAAAAAAGAUAAAAUCUAAAAAAAACCUCAAACUUAUAUUAUCAAAUAUGAUGUAAAAUUUCAACAAAUACUUUUAUGAAUAAUGCAUAAUCCAAGAUAGAUAACUUUAAAGAAAUCUAAGAUAAAAUGACUUUAAACAAAAUGUUACAUUUAAUAACGUUACAUAAUUACUAUUACUUAUCCAUUUCAUUAAACAUUUCACAUACAUGUACAUUUUUUCGGUUUUGCGCUUGCGCAGAAAAUCACUUUAAAUCCAAUAUAAUUCAUUUAGAGAUACUAGUCAUUUUUGUUAAUAAAUUUCGCAUUUUUACAUUAUAAAACGUUUCAUAUCAUAUGUUGUUACUGUUAUUAAUUAAACUUAUAAUAUCUCAUAAUUAUUUAUUAUUCAUAUCAUUAAUUAAAAAAUCCGACAUACUCCUCUAUCUGCGAAGAUUAAAGUGGGGGUAAUAUAGACAGAUACGGUUAUUUAGAUAUUAUUAUAACAAGAACGAUAUGCAUGUUAAAUCAGACAUGUUUAAAAUAUGCCAUUUUCAUUGUGUGCCUUAUUUGUUUUUCAUUUUAUUUCAUUUAUUAUUAUUAUUAUUUGUUCUUUGAC